AGUGCCUUCGAAACGGACUGGUCAGUCUGAACCACAAUCAGCUCGAUAAUGCAACCAGUGGUCGCUGCACUGUUUGCCAUCGUGACAAUGUCAUCUUACCAGCGGCUCGUCACAGGAGAGACAACGUUUGAGCAGUACGUUGAGGUCAUGUUUCAGACGGAUGCAGUCUUCGAAAACCUGUGUCUCAGGAAGACCAACGACUCCAGCGAGGCACAGCGAAUGGUGGCCGCAAAUAUCGAGCUACAAAACUGUGUCAAUCAAUAUCACGAUCCGCAGAACUUUACCAACAGUUUGGACGAGCUAACCAUCGAGAAGCGGAAACAGUUUAUCGACUACAAUUGUGCCGAGUUUGAGGAGAUUAAAAAGUGCUACAUUCCAUUCGAGCGCCAGAUGAAGCUGUGCUUAAGCGAGCGCGAUCAGUCGAUGGCGAAGACGUUGAUCGUCCUUGAGAAGGAGUUUGAGUUCAUAUGCGAGAACGAGGGGGCAAAUGUGGUGCCAAUGGAGCGGUCGAACUAUUCCUUUUGCGCCGGUAAUCUAAAUGUGUUGCUGCAAGAGUGCUCGGAGACGAAAUGGCAACAACUACGAAAGAAAACCAUCUCCACUAUGACCGCGCAGGAUUGCAGUACGUUCGAGGAGUUGUCCAACUGUUUUCAGGAUAACAUCAAAAAGUGUGGAGCUCCGUUGUUUGCACAGCUCUUCGCCAUACGCUAUCGAGAUAUCGUGCGACAGACGCCCUGCAGUGUGCUAGCGGCUGUGCCUAGUGUAGAUUAACAAACAGAUUGCAUUCUGGACAUUCCGCUAGCAAUUUCCAUCGUAUAUUAAUCCUUAUCUAGAGAAAGAGUUUUGGUUUCAUGAUUCCAUGAUUCGAAUUACGAAGAAGAUAAUAAAAAUUCCCAUUCCAUUCAU